ACCCCACGGCUCCGGAAGCUGCAGUCCCCUCGCCCAGCUCCGCGCGGCGGCUCCCGGGGCCACAUUUCCGCCGGGCCGCCUGCCUAGCUGCGAUGGCGGUGCAGAUGGCUGCGCGGCGCGGGCGGCCAGUGCGGGUGCUGGUGGACAUGGACGGCGUUCUGGCGGAUUUCGAGGCCGGCCUCCUGCGGGGCUUCCGCCGAAGCUUCCCCCGGGAGCCGUACGUGCCGCUGCAGGAGCGCCGCGGCUUCCUCGCCUGCGAGCAGUACCGAGCCCUGCGCCCGGACCUGGCGGACAAAGUGGCCAGUGUGUAUGAAGCCCCAGGCUUUUUCCUGGACUUGGAGCCCAUCCCUGGAGCCUUGGAAGCAAUGCGGGAGAUGAAUGACAUGCAGGACACCGAGGUCUUCAUCUGCACCAGCCCUCUGAUGAAGUAUGACCACUGUGUGCACGAGAAGUACCGCUGGGUGGAGAAGCACCUGGGGCCCCAGUUUGUGGAGCGCAUUAUCUUGACGAGGGACAAGACGGUGGUCUUGGGGGACCUGCUCAUUGAUGACAAGGACACCAUUCAAGGCCAAGAGGAGACCCCAAGCUGGGAGCAUAUCUUGUUCACCUGCUGCCACAACCAGCACCUGGCCCUGCCCCCCCCACGGAGACGGCUGCUCUCCUGGAGGGACAACUGGAAGGAGAUUAUAGACAGCAAGCGGGGAGCCCUGCAGCGGGACCGAACCGGCCUGGGGCCGCCCCAGGAAUAAGGCGAGGGGCCAUGGCCGUGGACAGUAGCUGAAGGAAGGGAAGGCAGACCAGCAGGGAGCCCAGGCAGAACUGAGCGACAGGGCAGCAUCAUGGCAAUGACCCCUCAGCACUGUGCCAGCCACCUGAACCCCCCUGGCAGAGCUGGCCUGGAAACUGGUGGGAAAAUCAGGAGACUUUUUAAUAAAACACUUUGGCUCA